AUGGGCCGCGAGGCUCAAGAGCUCAAUCGCCCUGCAAAGCGGCGCAAAAUUGCUAUCGCCUGUGACGACUGUCGCACCAGGAAAGUGCGCUGCGACGGGGUGCAGCCCGUAUGUGGCCCGUGCGCUAAAAGGACUGGCCGCGAAGUGCAGUGUGUGUAUACUGGCGAGCAGGAGAAGAAGCGAGCUGUUCAGACAUACAUUGCCAGUCUGGAAAAUCGACUAAAGGUCCUCGAGAGUCCCAGAUCAAGCAAGACCGGAGAAACCGCCUCUCAUAGUCCCGAAAGGGGUCUAACAUCAGGCAACACUCCCCGAUCAUCCCUUCCCUAUGAUCCAGUAUCCCCCCAUCUGGCCGUCCACACACCAUCUCUACCUACACCAGUCGAUCGGCAUCCAGCUAUAGGCACAGUGCAGCCGUCUCCACCCACAGGUAGCAUCUAUUCGGAUAAUAUUGGAGGUGAACAUGGGCAAGGCAUACGCAUAUGCGCCCCUCUGUCGUCCCACGGCGAUAUCCCAUCUUCUAGCGCCCGGGGGAAUGGAGUUAAUGCGAUGAUGGGAGCUGUUGAGGAAGAGCGAGCCUUCCAUGGAUUCUUUGGCAGCUCCAGCGCGGCGGGAUUUAUGCGUCAAAUCAAAACAGCAGUCGACAAAAGAAUUGCCUCCCCACAGCAGCGGACUCCAGCUCAGGACAUUGCUCUCCCCGCCGAUUUGAUGUCAGCUCGCAGCGAGAAACGGCCACCACGAGUGCCAGACUAUGUUCUUCCGCCUCGAAAGACUGCUGAUAGCUUGAUGGAAGUAUAUUGGAACAACGUCUUCCCGCUGUACCCAUUUGUCGACAGCGCUCAAAUGAAAGGCGAAUAUGCGAAGAUCUGGACAGGGGAUAGUCUUGGAUACGAUGAGAACAUGCUGAUGUGCACAUUCAACGUGAUCUUUGCUCUAGCUAGUCAACUGGCGGACUUCAUUAGACCAGAAGAUCGAGAGGUCUCCGCGGAUUCGUUUUUCUCUCGUGCCAAGGACCUUUUCCAAUUCAAUCUAUGGAACACGGGAUCUGCGGGACUUAUUCAAUGCCUUCUUUUGAUGGCUCAGUAUCUGCAGAGUACUGACUCAGCGCAUCAGUGCUGGAUUGUGACAGGGUUAGCAAUCCGCAACGCGCAAAGUCUAGGACUACAUCUGCCUCAAACUAUUGCUUGUCUCCAAGGCUUUCAAGAGCAACAGCUAGCACGCAAGAUAUGGCAUGGUUGUGUCCUAAUGGAUCGGGUUAUAUCGAUGACAUUCGGGCGCCCGGCGAUGAUCUCAAAAGCGUCAAGCGAAGCAGUUCCCUUGCCAGCGGCCGUGGACGAAGAAUAUAUACUAGCAUCUGAUGAUGCUGAAUCUGCCCAGCCUGCAGAUCGGCCCUCAAUGAUGGCCUUCUACGCGAAGUCCUUGGAACUGUAUGAAAUCAUGAAUGAUGUUCUGCUCAGUCUCUACAAACCGUCACCGGACGAAGGCGCAGAAGGAAUCCACGAUUUCUUUUUCAAUCAUGCUACCCAUGAGGGAGAGCGUACUAUCUUCGAUCUCGACCGUUCCCUCACUCGAUGGACCCUUAGCCUGCCGCCGCAUUUAAAGGGAGCAUCUGCUUUGGUGACUCGGAACCCGAUUUUCUGUCGCCAAAGCAUUGUUCUGAGAGCAAGGUUCCUGCAUGUGCGAAUGCUUCUGUUUCGACCGACCCUUUCGAAAUAUUGCGCGGUGCGCGAUAACGCAACUACGGAUCCACUUAUAUCCGUGAAUGAUUUGCUUCCUCAGCGAGUGGCAUUGCAAUGUUCUAUCAUAUGCGUAAAAGUUGCUCAAGAAUCCAUUGAGCUUAUCUAUAGCAACGUCCCUGCCGAUGGCACUGGUGGGCCUCUGCCAGCAUGGUGGUACAACAUACUUUACGUCUAUACAGCAGCGACGGUUUUGAUCGCAGGUCGUUUAUGCCCUGCCAUCCUAGAAGAGGUCACUGAGGCUACUGUCACUAGAUCCUGGAAUUGCGCUCUUGAGAUUCUAAGGAAAUAUCAAAGCUACAGCACAUCGGCACGUCGGUGCGUAGCGGCACUCGAGAUUUUAUACGAACGGGUGGCAUCAGAAGGCUCGUCUGCUGAUUCUAUCGCACGCGGUGAACCUAUUAACAACGUCCCUGGUGGAUUUAACGAGAUAUCCUUUGGGGAAGGCAUGAAUGCGGCCAUACUAGAGAACUUUGAGUUCCCUGAUUUCCAGGAUAUGUCUUGGCUGAAUAGCGUACCUAGCAACUUAUUCUAG